AUGCUAGCCAGCUGCUUCCUGCGAGGUAGCCAGCUGCUUCCUGCGUCUCGCCGUGACAGUGCUCAGCCGCGCCUUAACAACUGGUUUGCCUUGCACACGCCCAACAGAAUAGUCAACACCAAGAUUACGCUCUGCGGCGACACCCAGCAUGCCAAUCCUGCGAAGAAAACGCGCGAGGAGAGCCUGGUCCGCUGCGGCCACGUGUUGUCCCCAGAGGCGGCGGCGGAGGCGCUGCUGCACGGCGGGUCCGACGAGGUGAAGAGAACGCUGCAGGCGGCGCUCGACUACGCGAAGAGGGUGGAGGCCGCCGCCGUGGAAGGCUCCAACCCCCUGGUCUUCGAGCACCUUCGCCCCGACUUCGCUUCGCUAGCCGGCAGCGGCGGCGACCCAGCCGCCCACGAGGACCCGGAGCGGGCGCCGCUGUUGGUCGGACGCCUGCUCGCCGCCCUGUCCUACCUCGUCAACCGGUACGCAGGGAAGGUGCUGACGCAGCCCGGCGCGGGCGCGUUCCUGCAGCCCGCCGGGAGCGGCGCCUCCGAGAGCGCGCGGUCGACCGCCCCGAUGCCCGUCCAGGUCCACGGCCGCCCAGACCCGCUGCACUGGGCCGAGAUCGAGCGUGUGGUGCAGAG